AUGCAUGAAUAUCAUCAAAUUGACUUGCUUGCUCACAUAGAUCGAGGAAGUUAUAACCGUUAUACCGCUCGUUCUAAACCGAGACUGUCAGCAUUACCAUACACGGCUUGGAGGCCGCACACCCCGCAUAUUACUGAGACUGUCAGCACUAUCAUACACGGCUUGGAGGCCGCACACCCGCAUAUUACUGUUCGUUCACCUUACAAUGAAGGAGUAAAAACUCACCUUUCGCAGGAAAAACUCACUUCGUUCUUCUAA